AUGCCGCCAACCUCCAACAUGCGCAAGUCAUCCACCCAGACGAUGACGGCUGGCGAUCCAAGUGCGAGCGCUCCUGCCGUCAGAAACGGCGUCCAACCUCGACGCACCGCGAGAGCCAACACCACCCGCCCUGCGAACUACUACGCCCGUCCUUUCGGCUCCUUUAGCACCGGCGUCGAUCACGACAAUGACGCCGCAAUCAUGGCCGACUCACAGGCGGCAGGCUUCUUUUCAGCGCUACAGUACUUCACCGACGCCAUCACCGCACUCCCGAAAGAGGUCCAGAAGCAGAUCACGCUGGUGAAAGAGGUGGAGGCCAAAGUACACGGCCCGAACGAGACUAUGGGCGAGAUCUUGGAUACACUCUUGGAAUAUCCUGUACCUACGCGCAAGCCGACUGCUGGUGCUGGCGGAGCGAAUGCGCCUACUGCUGGCGUGCUGGCUCUGACCGCGAACAAUAGCACGAGCGGCAGUGCCAACGUGAGCUUGGUCAAUGGUGCGACUGGUCGGCAUAGUGUGCAGCCAUCGCUCGUGGGAUCAUUGAAUGGCGAAGAGACGUAUGAUUUUGAGACUGAAAGAGCUCGACGGCAGCAAUACCAUAAUCUUAGGAUGAUCACAGCUGGUCUCUUGCCCAAUCUUGACGAGAAGAAUGUGGUGCUAUCGGAGGCGACGAGAGUGUUGGCUCUCCAGCAGACUCGUGUUGACUCGGUGUGGCCGCACGUGGAAAGCGAGCUCAGCGAAGAAGCCAGGAUGGGCAGCAUGACACACUGGGCGUACAGCGACAAUCGCCAGAAGACGAAGACAACUGCUUCCGGUGCGCAGAAUCGCCGAGACGUCGCAGCGACUAACAAUCUGGCCGCUGCGGCGAGUAUGUUGCAUGAGACGGAGAUUGCACAGGCGAGAAGAGACGCUGGAAGGGAAGCUACGCGCGAAAAGACCAAGGGCAAGCGGACAGAACAGCCUGGAGAUUCUGACUUUGACGACAAGCCUAGGAAGGCGCCGAAAAUCAGCAAGAAAGCGGCGAAUGCAGCGGCGGCAGGAUUGGGAAUAUCUACAAACGGCGAGCCAGCGACGAAGAGGAAGAAGGUCGACAAGAGCUUGGGUGCGCCUGGAAUGGAGAGGACGAUUUCUGCUACAGGCAAAGCCGCAAAAGCUAGCAAAGAGACCCCAAGAAGCACAGCAGCUGCGGCCACAGAACCUGUGGUGAAGAAGACGAAGGGCAAGCCUGGACCACCACCCAAGAAGAAGGUUCCGGCCUCUGCACAGAACAGCCCCAUGCUCGCCAGCAGUCCGCUCGUUGCCUCUUCGAACCCUGUUUUCGAACCACCGAACGGAAGACCGCAGAGCUCCCGGGCGAGGCAAAACAGCACCGCCACGAAUUUGCGGCACGAGCAGUUGCAAGAUGAGGAAGCAGUCACAAGCAGACCGACGUCGGCGUCUGGCAAGAGCAAUGGCAACGGCAACGGCGAGAGAGGGAAUGGAAGAAGAAAAGUACACGAAACGACAGAACAACAUGACGAGAUUGUGGGAGACGAACAUGGGGACAAACAUCUCAAAGAUGCUGCAGACAAGAUGAAGCAAGAGGACACCGAUAUGCCAGAUGCCGGGGCAGAGCGUCCAGCGGCCUCGAGGUCUGGCUCGAACAGUCGCAAGAACAGUGGCCGCAAUUCGAAAGUGGGCACGCCGAGGACGGACUCCUUCCCGGCUGAUGCUCCGGGCAUGUCUAGAACGCGUAGCACGCGAAGCAAGCCAAAUGCGAGGGGCGAGGGAGACGAUUCGGACUCGGUCGAACCACCACUUGCUGGCACUGGCACUGGAAAGCAUCGGCGGCACGCAUCGAACAGUCACCUUGUCAAACAGCUGGCACCAUUCAACAAGAGUCCUGAUUUGGACAGACACAGGGGUGGCGAAGAUAUGGACGAGGAGUUGGACUCUUUGGACGAGAAGCAUCUUGGUGAGGACGAGGCUGAGCCGGAGGAAGUUGCGCCGGUUUUGGAGCAAGAGGCUCGUCGCUCGAGCACUAGGAGGCCUGUCUCUCGACGAAACACUGUCAAUAACAUCCGCUCCUCGCCAGCACCAAUGUCGAGAGAGUCCAGCCCGCCUGUUUCGCCGCCCCCAACGACCACGCGCGGCUCAGGCAGGUCCAGCUCUAGGCGAGAGGCUGAAGCUGAAGCUGCGCGCCGUGAAGCAGAGGCGGAGGCUGAGGCUGAGGCAGAGGAAGCAGAAGCAGAGGUGGAAGAGGAACCAGUCGCACAACCAGAGGCGGACGACGAGGACGAGGAAUCCGAGCAUGAUCCCGAUGAUCCGGACGAGCCAAAGUACUGCUACUGUAACCGUGGCUCGUACGGUGAGAUGGUGGCUUGCGACAAUGACAGCUGUCCUCGCGAAUGGUUCCAUCUGGGGUGUACGGAGCUCCGAGAGGCACCCAGCGAGGAAGAGAAGUGGUAUUGUAGAGAGUGCCGGCCGUUGUUUGGACAGAAGGUCGGCAGGAAGGGAAAGGCAGGCAGAGGGAGGGGAGGUUGA